AUGUCCGGAGCACAAGGAGCGCAGCCGAAAGGGUCGAAGACGGCGACGACAUAUGAAUCGGUGGAGGGAGGAGAGAAUAGGACGAAGACGGAGCUACGUUCAUUGGAGGAUGAAGGGAUGAUACAGGGUCGACAACUACAGGAAAAGGUUCCUGAUUGCGUUGGGAAAGGUGGCCCUGUUGGCGUGGUAGGUAAAGAUGAAGACAAGAAGGUUGGAGUUACUGGUACUGGUCUGCGUCCUGAA